GUUCAACAGAAAGCAUCAUCCGGAGCGGUUCGCAGCGAGUAGUGUCGGCAGCGAUUGCUAUUCCAUGUACAAAUAUCGCCAAUAAGUGCAGUGCCCACCGCGCGCGCGUGUGUGUGUGUGUGUGUUUGUGUGCCUCCGAGGGAAAGAAAAUCCACUCUUUACUAGAAAAAAGCAACAAGAAAAAAAAGAUAAAUAAAAAACAAAAACAACCACAGGGAAACGAAACAAACGAGACCCACUCUCGGUGAUCGGUGCGAGCAUGAUUGAGCGGUGCGAGUCGGAAGCCACUAGCAGCACUACGACGACCCUUUUCAUUUCCGGUGCGCACAGGCGCCAGCGAGCCAACAGCGAGCUGAAAAGUGACACGACGGCGUGAGAGGAAAAAUUCGUCCACCAACCACGAUCAAACCGACCAACCCGAAACCGAAGGGCGUGCAAGCCUGCGCGAAAAAAGGGUAGAAAAGCACGGGAGCCAUCAGGAUUUCCCAGACGCACAGACGUCCCCACGUACGCGGAGGAUUAAGCCAGCCAGGUUGAAACACAACCGUACGCAAGAGAGGGCGCCUCGCCUAGGAACCACUGGAUACACGCCUGGAGCCUAACACUACACGUAAAUCUAUCUGCAUCCAGCUACACGGACACCUUGUGAAGCUAUUUUGUCUUUUCGCCUUAUUUUUAGAGAUUGAGAUGCUGCACACCUAGACGAGCGCGAGGGCGUCACGAACAGAAGCUUUGGCUACGCGAGGGGCAGCGAGCGGCGGGAGAAGCGCACGGGCAUCCGGAACGGUUCCGACGGAGGUUUGCUGGAGGGGACAGCGGGUGCUGGCAUGAUGCCACCGAUCAACUCGAACCCGAACGCCAUGACGGACGCGCAAGGACUGAUACUACCAAAGAAGCUCGUCAAUCCCGUGCUCGAGUCGAUGGACCGUCAGAACCUGCACCGGGAGUUGAUGUUCAAUCAGAAGAUCGGCAAGAGUGUGCUGAACCAGAAGUCGGAGCUGCAGCGGGCGCUCGAGAAGCAGAAGGAACGGCAGGUGCUGACGGCCCAGAAUCUGGCCAAGCAGACGGAGCAGUCGAUCGCCAGCGAGCUCGGGCGCGUCAUCAUGCAGCGGGCCCAGCGGCUCGAGCAGCAGAAGGCGGCGGGCGGCGGUGCAAAUGGGGGGCCGGACGCGACCAGCGCCUCCAUCAACCCGGAGUACUUGAACGCACGCGCCAAGCUGCGGGCCACCGUCGACACGAAGUGAGCGCCACCGGCAGCGCAGCAACAAUGUGAAAAGCUAUUUCUUAAGUCUCCUUUCGUAAGCUUCGGUUUUCCUAACGGCGGCCGUUCCCGUUCGGCGGAGAGUGUGCAGCCGUUUUGUUUUACCCUUUAACUUUAACGGCGAACAGGCAGUCGAUAUUAUCCUUGUAAACGUAGCAGCAGCGUUGGCGGCCAGCAACCGGGAGCCGUAGAUGGUAGACUCUAGGGAUUAUGUUUUAUUUACGCAGAGUUUUUAACCGCAUCGCCGUUGACGAGCGAGCAGCAGUGUUUCAGUCGAUAGUAUUUAGCCAAAACGUAUAUCUGCGCCAGUGAUAAGCGUGACGGAUGCGUGUGUAUGCGUGCGGGUGUGUGUGUGUGUGCGUGUUUGAGAUGUACGGCGAGGGGGUGGGCGAAUGGGUCAACGAAAGGACCUGCAUAGGCUUUAAAUAGAAUUAGUGAAACAAGUGCUCCUGGACGCUGCCUCUGCCGCUGCACUAGAUCUUUCGUUCCCUGUCGAGUUUUCUUAACCUGCACACAGCCUUGUUGGUCGUUUCUUUCCUCUGUUUCGCAAUAUGUUUGUCUUGAUCGUUUGUCACGCAUCAAUUUAAGGUAAAUCAUCCUGAUCGAGGUGCAUGCUUUGUUUUCCAUCUAUCAAUCCCCGUUUUGGGACUAAAGUUUCCUCCCAAUACUGUACCGUUUAGAGCGCUGUUGGUCUUUGCCAUAAUUGCAAAGUUUGCUCGCCACAAAUAUCAAGUUCAAACACACACGCUACAUGUAAACCAAACACAACUAAAUUUAAAACAAAACAUACAACCAGCAAUCCAAACAAAAGUGAUGAUGCGUUAAUGCAACCUGUAGCAACUGAUAGUUCUUCCAAGCAAACAACAAAUGAAAGUACCAUAUACCUAACCCAUUUUUAACUGAUAUAGACAGUUUCGUGUGCGUGUGACUGUGUGUUUGUGUGUGUGCGUAUGGGAAAUAAUGAAAUAUAAAUAGGGUAAUCGGUUGGCAGCACAGUAGGCAGUAAAAUUUUCGCGUUUCCAUCAGGCCAAAAACCAAAACCCAUCAAGUGCUGCUGCUCACCUAGAUUAAAGUAAAGCGAAAGUUAAACGAACGAAAGAAGGGAAAUUAAACAGCACAUGGAGAAAGGAUACGGAACGUUCUAGGGUGUAUUCCCGAGGCAAAACUACAAAUCAAGUAUAGAACACAUUAUGCAGGUAACCACAAACAUAGCAGGCCUUGAAGUAUUAGUCGAUUAGUGAUGCUGGUAGCCGAAGCAAUAUACUCUCCCUUUGUGUACACGUGAACUGGUUUACUUAAAAAUGGUUUUCUAAAUAACGAAACUUGUUCUUGAUUCCGUUGUUUGUUUCAAAGCUAUUAUGCAGGUUGUGUGUGUGUGUGUAGAAUUGUGUUUGGAUCAGUAUGAAAUCAAAUUCGGGGACCGAAGGGUAAAUCCUAAUGAGAGGGAUUCGGCUAUUGCGUUCGGUUUUUGACUUUCGAUACAUCAUAUACAUUAGAAGAAGUGAAUGGAAACCGGUUGAAUGUCGAGGCAAGGCUCAUUAAGUGUCACAACAUAGACUACUCAUAGACUGUUGAACCUUUUCGAUACAUCUACAUAAAACUAGGGAAAGAGAUGAGGGAAUGAGAACAGAAGCCUUUGUAAGGGAAUGGUAAAGGAGAGUCGCCCACCAAUUUUCGUACGUCGCUGAAAAGGUGCGCCCUAGCGGAUUCUCGGCCACCACGGCCUGUUGCUAAAUGGGAAUAUGCUCACCGCCACAAACGACCACGUCACGUUUGUUCGCGCAGUUGUGUUGUACCAAAUCGAGCGAACAAUUGAUCCAACUCAUUGGUUGCAUCCUUUUCCAUCGAUUCGAUAGAAUUAUUUUCUAAAUAUAACUCAAAUCAUAAUGCUCAGUUUUUGUAUAUGUCCAGAGACAUCUGUGACUAAUGUUGUAAGUCAUUCAUUUCAACGUUGCUCAGUGGUAUUGUACAACAUGAAUUAAAAAAACUUUAUCAUCAAGCAGAGAUUGGUACAACUUUUAAAAACAAAAUGCUAAACAAAAAGUUAACAAUAACAAACAUUCAAGAAACGGAUAAAUAAAAUCAAUUGCAAAAAAUAGAACUGGCAACGAAGGAUCCACCGGGCGACGAACGACAAGCGAUAGCGAACCCAUUACGAAGACAAAAAACACACACACAAGCGCUACCUUUGCACACCUGUUGGGCCUUAGUGUAAAACUGUAAAAGACUUUUCCUACAAUGAGUACAGGGGCGACGUAAACAAUACCAAUACCAAACAAUCAACAAACAAAAAAACACAUCUUACCACCGUAGUGAAAGUAAGUGAGAACUGAUAGUUAACCUCAGCGAUU